AUGGUAGACGACAACGACAAUUCAAUGGACGUAGAGGUCUUCAACAAGGAGCGAGGAGACCCAGAGGACGACAACGAGUUUAGAGACCUAGAGGACGAUGACGAGAAGAAGGCGACGACGACGACGGUGAUGAAGAAGAAGACGACGUGCGAGGAACGACGGCAACAUGUGAAAAGUCGAGGACGACGAGAUGUGGGGAGACGCGUGAAUGUUAUUGUGCGACCCUUUGCUGUGGCUGGUAAUCAUGUGAAGAAAGGUACGGAAUCCACGGAAGGAAACGAUUAUUUGCGGACUGCAUCCACUUUUGCUCGAACAACCGGCUGAGCAGCUUCGUGGCUUCUAGCUGAUUAUGCGUGCGGUGUUACUGCGAGAGCACGCUAUCGCUCUCGGAAUCGUCGGCCGCUCCAGCGGCCUAGCGUGAGAUCAGAUGAAUGGGUGGUCAACAGUGUGUCGGCGUAGAACA